UAUUUUAAGGGCGGAAUUUGGGAUAUUAGAACGUGUUAGCGGGGAGGGGAGGCAUAGAUACAGGCGUCUAUACCACAAAACAGCGGCCACUCUAUCGAGCUGGAGGUGAUCUGAGGUCCACUACCGCUCUCUACCCCCCCUUCAUUAUUUACUUGAGCAGCUGUUGGUGUGACCAUGAGUGCUGACAGUGAGGUGGUGCGUGUGUCCCUGGAGCAGCUUCUUCACCACCAUGCCCCUGCAGCAGACCUCAGCAGCAUAGAUGAGAUAGUGGUGAGCUAUGUGAGUGGGGUGCUGGAGGAGGUGGCCCAGGACCAGGAGGAGGUGGAUGCAGCAAGUAUGAAAGAUGUGAUGGCAGCUUAUGUACCUGAGUUUGAGACGCUCUCUGAGGAAGCAGUCACAGCCUGGGUGGUGGGGAUGGUCCACUCAAUUAACCAGCAGAAGGACAAAGCCAAAGCAGUGAAUGAUCUGACCUUGGACAAUUUGAUAUCAACGUUCCCUGUGCAGACUCGCAAGCACCAGAACUCUCAGUCCCUCAGUGAGACAAGUGAAAGAACACAGAAGUUGUCAGAGACCUCCAGUGGCUCAGAAGAACACAAUAGCACCAGUGGAGAGGAACAAGAUGAAUAUUCUGAGGGCCUGGCAACCUUACUGGAGAUGUUUCCUGGAACCUGUAAUCUUGAGGUGCAGCAUUGCCUGGCCAGCUGUGGGGGCAACUUGGAGCAUGCCACCAGCCUCAUCCUUCAGCGACAGGAGCAGGGUUUGGCCAUCAAAGCCUCACACGCAGCAAAGUUGGUGCCUGGAGCAAAAGGAAACAAGAACCAGAUAGAUGAUAAGGAAGUGAGAUCAUCUAUCCUGAAUCGCUAUGGCUUUGUUGAUCACGAUGAAGAUGUCAGGGAGCACAGGCCUGUUGCUCCUAAAUGGGAGGGCAAGAAGAUGGUGCGUUACCGAGACAACAAAGUGGUGAGCAUUAAGGGUGAGCGAUACACAGAGAUCAAGAAGGAGGAGGCCACAGAGAUGAAGAAGACCCAUGUGCACCUCAAACCAGGCAAGCAGUACCGGUUCCACUGAUCCACAAGGAACAAACCUUACUUGGUCACCGCUGCCCCGCUUCACAGUGUCGGGGGCAUGGCGUGCUGCCCGGGCCGGGGCGGUAAGGUUUGUCUCUGUCAAGGCUAUUGGAGUUGUUCUUGUCACAAAUAUGGGAUGCGAGAGGCGAGGGAGCACCACCUGCAGAAUCCAAGGAGAUCCAUGGCAACCUGGUCCCACGCUGUGUGUUUUGCGAUGAGGAUUCUCAUCACUUUUCAGUGUUGUUUGUUAGUGUCAGCUAGUGACUGUAUUGAUGUCUGUAACUUUCUUGUUUUUUUAAUGCUUACUAGAUACCAAAGAAUUAGGAGACCAUUUAUUAUAACAUUAUAUUAUAAGAACAACAGAGUGAGAAAGAAAAUAGAUCUCAAAUUACCAACACUAAUAUUAAGUUCAUUGGUAGGAUCACAACCACUGGAUUUAGAAAAUUUUUAUACUGGUUUUGCAAAAACCUUAAAUGAUUAUGCUCGCAUUAGGCUUGAAUCUUUGUGGUGCGCCAUUGCGACGAACAGAAGGUUAGUACGCAAAGGCCGUUCGAGUUUUGAAAUGUUCAUUAUGAAGCAUUUACGUGAAUGCUAUUUACAUUGUAAAGGUUUUGUAUUGUAAUAAUGCAUAAACACCUGAACUGUGCUAGGGUUGGUUAGGCAGCUGGGAGACCCGAGGGAUUGUUAAUACUGACACUUCAGGGGGCGUCAAAUUUGUAAUGGUCAGAUGUGUGUAUGAUAUAUGCAAUAUCAGCAUGUUUUAGGAAAUUGCAAUAAACAUUUCCUGCUAACUUUUUUUUUCAGGAGUAACUCAUAAUUUCCCUCAUGUCACCUUCAGCAGAGGUAAUCGACAUCAGUGUGGGAAAUCCUUAUGCGCCUAUAUGGAACUUCUUUGUCCUAUUCAGUUGAAUCUCAUAAAUGAAUUUUAUGAUGUUAUGAUUUAGUUUGCAUUCUUUUCUUGUGAACUACAGCUUGCAGCUAAUACUUUGUUAUAGUUUUAUUUUGUAUAUUUAUUUAUUUCUUUAAGUUAUUUUCAAUUUUUGCAUUAUUGCAAUUUGAAUCAUUGAUGAGUAAUUUAGAUUGCAUUGCACUUAAUUUCUGGUUGUAGAAUUAAGCAGCAUUUUACUUCUCUAAUACCAAAUGAUUACAUGACAUGUUGCAAUAUAUGUAUAGUAUACUCUAAUAUUUUAUAACAUUUUUCUGACUCAGGCUUGACUAAGUUAGAGUUACAUUGAGAUGGUUGUGUUCUAAUACUCUUAUUGAAGUGAGGCAGUUCACAUUUUGCAGCUGACUUCACAAUCUUGUUACCAUAAGGAUGUUAAUGUUGAUGAACUUGUGCACAAAUAUUUUAGAUGCAUUAUCAUUUAAAAAAAAAACAUGAUUAUGUAUGUAUGCAUAAAUAUGUUUAUGAAUUGUUUUCAAGAUGCAGCUGCUGCUAACCAAGAACAAAAUUUUCUUAACAUUCCACUGGCUGUUGAACAAGAGUAUUAGUGUGAAGUUUGGCUUCAUGUUAGUUAGUCUAGGAUUACUCAGUAUUAAAAGAGAAAAUAACAGAUCUGUGUAAUUGUGGCUGGCAGUGACUCUUCCCUGCCAUUGCUGCGGCCACCACUAUCACUCUGGAUGUUGUAACUGCAGGUUUUGUUGUCUUAGCACUUGAUGGAACAAAGAAAAUGUUUUAGGCAUAAUUUUACCUGCUAUUUCUUUACAUAGCAUAAGGCUGAAGCAGUUUUUAGCCAUGGAAGCAAAUAGUUUAGAUGUUCAGCUGUGUGAUCUUAUUAGAUAGUUGUUUUAUUCCUUAAAUACUUUAACUAUUUUCUCGAGUCUACCAUUUCUCUAUCUCACAUGCUUUCUUUUAUGUAUGUAGUUUAUCAUUUUGUGUAAAGCUUAUUGGAUGCUUUAAGAUCUUAGAUGAGUUACACUUUUCAAAGAAGUGCAGCUGCUGCUUACCAUUGAUGAAUUAUGUCUUUGGCAUAAUCUUCAUGUUGAGUGGAUAGAAGUAAGUAAAAUAUGUUAAGUAAGUGCUAAGCAGCAAAAUGUAUAAUUGUUCCCUCUCAUUGUUGUUAGAUGUGAAGAAGGAACUCGCUUUUACAUGCUGUGAGAGGCCCUGUGGACUUCCCAGGACCUAUUGCUAUUUGAUAAGUUAACCUGAGUGACCAGAGACAAGUUGUUGAGCAUUCAUAUUUUUGCCUAAAACCGGUAAUGUUUAAUGUAUUAGGUGUAUCUAGUCCACUGCAAAUAGAGAAAUGGCAUGUGCAGAUCAUCCUGCUGUAUUGAAACAGUACAGUGUGAAUUCUGCAGCAAAUGUUCAUAGAACUUUGGUAUAACCAGUGAAGACUACAGGCUUGGUAUUUGUUUUGUAAUUUUGAAGUGAAAUUUAGCUUUAGCAUAUAUGCAGGCAGAAAAUUGCUUUGAUCUGUUUUAUGUUGAAUUUUAUAACUAAAAAUCACAGCUAGAGUAAUAGUGGUUGGAUCUUGAGCCACGACAUGUGCCAUAGGUUGCCAAAUUUUCACCAUUUGCCAAAAAAAUGUAAAUGUUGAAAACAUUGUUUACACUUUCAACUACUUAAACUUUAUAAGGAUUAAGUUCUUCAAAAAGCAUGACAUUUAGUUGUGAGGCAUACAGAUAUUAAAAAUAGCAAUUUC